AUGUUUAAAGUCGGGGGCUCCACGUUUGUCACCGCUUCACAUUUCCUCCACAUUUCCGCUCCCCCCACAUUUCUCCCGGCCUUUCCUACCAUAUACCUUACAAACCCCUACUCCGAACCCUCAGUUCCAGUACUGCAAACCUCGCUGUAGUCUACAUUCACAUGCCAGUAAUAGCUAGCAAAUACUCAAUCGGAUUCAACAGAAAGUGCAAGAAGUUCAAGUCUCUCUCCAGUCGAGCCAAAGAAUAUCCGAAGGACCCUCUUCUUGACCGCUGGCGCUCUGCGCUCGAGUUUCGCUCGGAAAGAGUACCCGUACGAAAGAAAAAUCAACGCUGGUCCCUGGGACUGCGACAACAGAAGAUAUGCCAGACCCGGCAGCAAACCCGGCAGACCGGGCGAACGCUGAGGAAGCCGACGAAGUUCAGGUCGAAGACUGUGCAAUUUGUCUGAGCAGCUUGGAGAGCGACCCGCAAGUGGAGCUCGGGCAGCUUGACUGCCCACAUGCCGCUCACACUUACCAUCUGCACUGUAUCUCUCCCUGGAGCGACACGACGAACACUUGUCCCGUAGACAGGGCGUUAUUUACCGUAAUCAACGUCGUCGAGAAACCGCGCGGCAGGAUCAUUCGGACCGUACCAGUCGAGGAUAGGACACAAAGAGUUGCGAACGACGACGACGAUGCGGAAUAUGAAGUUACCGAAUGCGAGAUUUGUGGAUCCGCAGAGCAUGAGGAGACAAUGUUGCUCUGCGACCACUGUGACAGUGGCUGGCACCUGGAAUGCCUGGGAAUGGCGGAAGUUCCAGACGGCGAAUGGGCAUGCGACAACUGCGAAAUUUUAUUCACUGGUCCUUCGCCUCGCCCUCCCGGUCUAUACAAUCAGAACAUUGCGCGUCCACCUCGCACUCGGCCACUCAAUGAUGCAAACAUCGUAUACGCUCUUCCGGACGAUAAUGAAUCGCCGAGACGAUCCCGAAGACGAAGGCCGCGUCCAGUUCCAGUCGUACCCCUCCUUACGACAAUCAGACGCGAAGCUGAACGAGCACGAGCCGAACGAUCCCGCCAGAAUCGGCAGAACCGGCCUCCGCCAUCCCCUCCUCACCCAGCUCCGGCGAGCUGGCAGUCGAGACCGACAGCACCCGUCAUGCAGUCUGCCGUCUCGAGCGAGAACUCGUCGUACCUAGCUGCGGCCCGGUGGAAUCAAACUGCAUACAUAUCUUAUUCAGAUGACCCUCGCGAUGUGCCCGACUGGCUAAGAAACGAGGUGGUUGUGAACCGCACGCCGCAACAACCGCCCGUGCGCUACAUCCAUGGAGUCAACCCACCUCCUCCGCGACGACGCACUUCGCAGCCCAUCCCCGAGCCCGAGCGUCCGGCGGUUGAGUCCGAUAUCUGGGAGACAUUUAACGUCGCGAAGCGAACAAGAGAAGCGGUCGAGGCUGAAGCAAGUGGCUCUUCUUCAAAACGUCGACGGAUUGAUCUUGAUCAGGGCGAGCUGAACAGGACGCCGUCCCAGCGGGGAUCAGCGUCGGCUCCCGCGUCGGCUUCCCCUUCAAUUCAGGCCACCCGAGUAUUCCGACCACCGAGCAUCAGGGCAACCCCACCCGUGAAUGCAAGCUCGGCCUCAGCUUCGCCAGUAACUCAGUCACCUCGCAUAUACCGACCGCCAAGCAUUAGGUCAGCGUCAGCUUCGGCGUCAGCCUCCCCCAUGACGCAGAUCUCUCGCAUCUUCCGACCCCCUAGUAUCAGGGCACCCCCACCCGUGACUACCAACAUCAUCGGAAAUUCGAACCGAAGCGCCAACGGAAGCACGAGCCCAGUGAACGGAAGCGCUAGCGGAAAUCUGAACGCAGCUGUCAACGGAACCCUUAACGGAACCCUGAACACACGGGCACAGAGCACGUCGCAAAUACAGUCCGUCCUCGCCGGUGCACAAGACCACACCCACUCUCCACCCUCCCGUAUACCCCUCCCCUCCCGCCUAGAAAGCAGUACCGCGAACACAAGCGCGAGCGGAACGAACGGCGGCUUGAACACAUGGGCACAGGUACCCUCACUCCUCGUCGCAGCCCAGGACGAACCGGAUCCUCUCCCUGGAAGCGGAGGCAGUAGUAGUGCGACUUGGCUCAUGGACUCUAUACCUAUACCACAAGAUUUAUCCUUCCUGAGACGACCGGAAAAGUUACCCUCGUUCCGGCGAGCUGACCAUUCAACGAUCGGGGCGGGUUCAGCGGUAGAAGACGAAAAAGAGGGCUUCGCUUCCAGCGGAAGCAGCAGGAGUGGCACUCGUCUCACGGACUCGAUACCUAUAUCGGAAAACCUGUCCUUCUUAAGACGACAAGAAAAGUUACCCUCGUUCCGGAAAUCUGACCAUGCAAGUUCUGCGAUUGGACCGGGUCCGAGCGCGAGCAGGACCAUGGGUGCUCCGACUCUCAACGAAAGCCGCGAUAACGACCCAAAACCACCAAAAGUCACCAGUCGUCAGGGCACUGGGACGAGAGUCGGACCAAGCGCGAGUCGAACAAUGGGUGCUCCCACACUCAACGAAACCCGAGACAACGACCUAAAGCCACCAAUAGUGAAUGGUCGUGGGAAGCGCCCUGCCGCUUCAACCGAUGAUCCUACAGAGGGUCGAGCGUCCAAGCGGACUCCUGGCUCCGCAUGGGAUCGGGAUGAGCCAUAUACGCCCGAUUUGCAAACGUCACAUCGCCAGCGCGAGUCCACAGAGAAUAGCGUUAGAGAUCCACCAAUACCGGAUCGAGGGGCGAGACGUGUGCACUCAGGAGCCGCGUCGACACGAACUCACCUUUCCGAGUCCGCGUCGAUGCGGGCUAGGCCGCCAGCGCCCGAUGCAACAAUCCGCAACAUCAAAGAUCCACCCGGGGCAGACGACAAGCACCGGCAUAACGGCACAAACCAUUCGCACGAAUCCAACAACGGCCACGUCCGAACCAAACAGCCACAUAAGUCCAACCAAGAGCCAUCACCCCGCCGCCCACACAUAAGCAAGGCCGAAAUCGCGUCCACGGUCAAAGCGCAGCUCGACAAAUACCUCCAGCUGAACCGCAAAGACGGCAAGACAACCAGCCGCACUUCACCGGCGCUCACAAAAGAUGAAUACAAAAGCACAUGCAGAGAAGUAACGCACGAAAUAUACAAGCUUUUCGCGACGACCUCUGAAUAUCCGCGCGGUGCCACACUACCCUUGGAGACCCUCGCUGCGGCCAAGAUUAGCGAUAGUCUGAAGAAACGAUGACCUACCUAAGUCGCAAGUUUAGCACAUCAUAUACAUGUGAACAGAACCGUAAUCGUAAGGUGUGUUCCUUUACCCCCGGCAUCUUACUUGCCUCACGAGUUCGAAAGCGGUCAUUUGCCUUGUACAUUUUAGUUUGUAAUACAUUGAUGCUCAUAAGGCAAUUCCGGGGGAGACGCCUUGCAAGCAUGCAUACCUACGUAUCGAUUGUCAAGUCCUUUUCCACUUGACAA